AUGAAUAUUUUCACGACGCUGGUGCUUCUCGGUGUUAUAUUGACAGUACAGCCAAUACUUGGUGAUGAUAGUAGUACAUCCUCGUACAAACUUUUUAUGUCUCUUCAUGAUAAGCUUCUGAAAAAUUAUAGGAAGGAUAUCAGACCUGUCUGGAAUCAACAGAACCCAGUCAGGGUUUCUAUCGAUAUCAUUCCUAGAUCUAUCAUUUACUUUGACGAAAUGAGUGGGAUUCUUGCCGCUUCCUUUGGACUUGACAUUACGUGGAAAGACGAAAUCAUAACCUGGGAUCCGAUAUCCUAUCCAAAUAUAACCUAUAUCCGCCUUCCUCCAUCCUCCAUGUGGCGACCCCGGUUGUUCAGUUCUAAUGCUUUCGAUACUUUUGCGCUGGAUACACUUGAGUCUAACAGUGUGGUAUAUUCUUAUGAUGGAACCGCCCUUUAUAUUCUCGGUGUCAGAUCUUCAACUCUGUGUUCUCCGAAUUCUAGAUACUUCCCAUUCGAUAUACACACUUGUUACAUCGAUAUCAUCCCUUUGUCGUCGAUACACGAAGUAUACUUUGUUGCAAAUGGAGUGAUAGACAAGGUUUACGAAGAAAAUCCACUCUGGAAACUUUUAAGUUUUAACACUUCAGCAGACAAUGAUGAACAUUUUGAAACUUCUGUGUUCAGGAUAGCAAUUAGACUGCAAAGGAGACACUCGUUUUUAUUGAUGAACAUUUUCGCGCCAAUUGUGUUUUUAGCGAUUGUAAAUCUUGGCGUGUUUAUUUUACCAGUAGAAUCAGGCGAGAGGAUAUCGUUUUCUUUAACAGUUUUGUUGUCUUUUGCUGUUUUCCUGACCUUGGUGACGGGCAACACCCCGAAGUCCAGUAUAACUGUGUCAUUAUUUUCUAUCUAUAUGCUCAUUGUUUUGACUUACAGUACUUUGAUUACGUUCAGCGUAAUCAUUGUCGUUGAUAUUCAUUUUACUGAAAAUGGCGAGAAACCGAAGUCACCUCUAUCAAGGAUGUUUGUCUGGUUUGUACAUAGAACACUGACGAGUAAUUGUCGGUCAACUGAGAUAGAUAUCAUAGCUGAGGAAUUUGAUAUGGAUGAAUUUCAAGAAAAAAGACAGACUUCUUGUGCCAAUUAUAAAACAAUUUCUUUAAUGUUAGAUAAUUUUUUUGUCCUUUUUUACACGUUCCUAUUUGUAACUGUUACCGUCUUCUUCAUGCUGUACAUUUCCUAUCAUUCCCAAAAUGAAACCUGA